CACAGUGCCGUGCGCGCCUCAGCAAGAACGCCAGGGGCGGGGUCUCCGCGCCUGCGCAGUGAAGCUGGGCGCCCUCGGGGCUUGAGCUUCUGAGGGUCGGGUCCAGCGCGCGGGCUGCUGGAUGGCGGAACCCCAGGCGGAGUCGGAGCCCCUGCUGGGCGGGGCCCGCGGCGGUGGCGGCGACUGGCCGGCGGGGCUGACCACUUACCGCAGCAUCCAAGUCGGCCCUGGUGCUGCGGCCAGGUGGGACCUCUGCAUUGAUCAGGCUGUGGUCUUCAUCGAAGAUGCUAUUCAGGGUUACCUGUUCGGGUGGGCCCAUUUCCAGAAAAACCUUUGGCUGCUGGGCUACCUCGUGGUGCUGGUGGUGUCUCUGGUGGACUGGACCGUGUCCCUGAGUCUCAUGUGUCAUGAGCCCCUGCGGAUCCGCCGGCUUCUCCGUCCCUUCUUCCUGCUGCAGAACUCCUCUAUGAUGAAGAAGACCUUGAAAUGCAUCCGCUGGUCGCUGCCGGAAAUGGCCAGCGUCGGGCUGCUGCUGGCCAUCCACCUGUGCCUCUUCACCAUGUUCGGAAUGCUGCUGUUCGCCGGUGGGAAGCAGGAUGAUGGGCAGGACAGGGAGAGGCUGACCUACUUCCAGAACCUGCCUGAGUCUCUGACUUCCCUCCUGGUGCUGCUGACCACGGCCAACAACCCCGAUGUGAUGAUUCCUGCGUAUUCCAAGAACCGGGCCUAUGCCAUCUUCUUCAUAGUCUUCACUGUGAUAGGAAGCCUGUUUCUGAUGAACCUGCUGACAGCCAUCAUCUACAGUCAGUUCCGGGGCUACCUGAUGAAAUCUCUCCAGACCUCGCUGUUUCGGAGGCGGCUGGGAACCCGGGCUGCCUUUGAAGUCCUAUCCUCCAUGGUGGGGGAGGGAGGAGCCUUCCCUCAGGCAGUUGGGGUGAAGCCCCAGAACUUGCUGCAGGUGCUUCAGAAGGUCCAGCUGGACAGCUCCCACAAACAGGCCAUGAUGGAGAAGGUGCGUUCCUACGGCAGUGUUCUGCUCUCAGCUGAGGAGUUUCAGAAGCUCUUCAACGAGCUUGACAGAAGUGUGGUUAAAGAGCACCCGCCGAGGCCCGAGUACCAGUCUCCGUUUCUGCAGAGCGCCCAGUUCCUCUUUGGCCACUACUACUUUGACUACCUGGGGAACCUCAUCGCCCUGGCAAACCUGGUGUCCAUUUGCGUGUUCCUGGUGCUGGAUGCAGAUGUGCUGCCUGCUGAGCGUGAUGACUUCAUCCUGGGGAUUCUCAACUGCGUCUUCAUUGUGUACUACCUGUUGGAGAUGCUGCUCAAGGUCUUUGCCCUGGGCCUGCGAGGGUACCUGUCCUACCCCAGCAACGUGUUUGACGGGCUCCUCACCGUUGUCCUGCUGCCGAUGGCCGUGGUGGCCAGUACCGUCCUGGGCCUGGUGCAGAACAUGCGUGCGUUUGGCGGGAUCCUGGUGGUGGUCUACUACGUAUUUGCCAUCAUUGGGAUCAACUUGUUUAGAGGCGUCAUUGUGGCUUCUCCUGGAAACAGCAGCCUGGCCCCUGCCAAUGGCUCGGUGCCCUGUGGGAGCUUCGAGCAGCUGGAGUACUGGGCCAACAACUUCGAUGACUUUGCGGCUGCCCUGGUCACUCUGUGGAACUUGAUGGUGGUGAACAACUGGCAGGUGUUUCUGGAUGCGUAUCGGCGCUACUCGGGCCCGUGGUCCAAGAUCUAUUUUGUAUUGUGGUGGCUGGUGUCGUCUGUCAUCUGGGUCAACCUGUUUCUGGCCCUGAUUCUGGAGAACUUCCUUCACAAGUGGGACCCCCGCAGCCACCUGCAGCCCCUUGCUGGGACCCCAGAGGCCACCUACCAGAUGACUGUGGAGCUCCUGUUCAGGGAUAUUCUGGAGGAGCCCGGGGAGGAUGAGCUCACAGAGAGGCUGAGCCAGCACCCGCACCUGUGGCUGUGCAGGUGACGUCUGGGCUGCCGUCCCAGCGGGGGCGGCAGGAGAGAGAGGCUGGCCUACACAGGUGCCCGUCAUGGAAGAGGCGGCCAUGCUGUGGCCAGCCAGGCAGGAAGAGACCUUUCCUCUGACGGACCACUAAGCUGGGGACAGGAACCAAGUCCUUUGCGUGUGGCCCAACAACCAUCUACAGAACAGCUGCUGGUGCUUCAGGGAGGCGCCGUGCCCUCCGCUUUCUUUUAUAGCUGCUUCAGUGAGAAUUCCCUCGUCGACUCCACAGGGACCUUUCAGACAAAAAUGCAAGAAGCAGCGGCCUCCCCUGUCCCCUGCAGCUUCCGUGGUGCCUUUGCUGCCGGCGGCCCUUGGGGACCACAGGCCUGACCAGGGCCUGCACAGGUUAACCGUCAGACUUCCGGGGCAUUCAGGUGGGGAUGCUGGUGGUUUGACAUGGAGAGAACCUUGACUGUGUUUUAUUAUUUCAUGGCUUGUAUGAGUGUGACUGGGUGUGUUUCUUUAGGGUUCUGAUUGCCAGUUAUUUUCAUCAAUAAGUCUUACAAAGAAUGGGAUUGUCAUUCUUCACUUCAGCACAGUUCUAGUCCUGCUUCUCUGGAGUAGGGUUGUUGAGUAAGGUUGCUUGGGUUGUGCAUUGCACAAGGGCACAUGGCUGUGAGGUGUAUCCUGGCGGGGGGCUGUCUACCUGCAGUGAGGGGCACCUUUUCUGUUUUGCUCAAAGGCAUGUAUAAGCCAAUGGGUGACCUUAUUUCCUGUGUCUUCAGGUGUGUGGCAGGGGGCCUGGGUUGGGGAGGUGGGGCGAGCGAGCAGUGUGUGGAAAGCCUUGUUGUCACCUGAAGCAGGCCAGGUCCAGAUUGACCAAUGGUUUUCUCACUUCAGGGGCCAACCCACGCCCCCUUUCUGCUGAGGUUUGGGUGCCAUCUAGUGGUGGGAUGGGACUUGGUUGACUACAUUUAAGGCAAGGUGGACCCAGCAACUCCCAGAAACAACUCCGGGGACACCACUCCCCCUCACACUCCACACCGAGCCUGGUGCCCGGUCUGUGCCCAAGCUCAGCGGGACCAGGAAGGGAUGGGCCCUGCCAGGGUUGCCCCUGCACUGUGCAUUCUUGCCUGGGAGGCACAAGUUCUUUCAUCUGCUUUUCCUUCAGAGGUGCUGAGCCCACGCCAUAGCCCCUGUGGGAUGGUGGGGGAGGGGGCGACCCGAACAACAGUGCAGUCGGUAUCGAGAUUGGGGAGAGGAGCGAGUCCAAGGAGAAGAAGGUCAUGAGUUUCUUUUUACUCGUGUCGAAUAAUAACAAUAACAAUAUGGAAACCACCGCAAACUUGGAGAAAAGUUGUAAGUACAGUAAAGAGAAGCUUCCUUCUGAGUCACUUGAGUGGUUGCCGUUCUGGCCCUGCACCCUCUGUGCUUUGGGACGGCGUCCAACCCGCAUUCGUGUCAGGAGUGAGUCGCACGUGGCUUUGUGGUCAUGGCGACUUAAUCUGCCUGGACGGUGGCUCCGUCUCCCUGGGCUUAGACGACCUUGGCACUUCUGGAGAUAAGCCCAUGGCUCCCAGGUUGUGUUCAUGUGACGUUUCCUUGUGGUAGGUUCUGGGUCUGCAUUUUGUCUAGGAGUGUCACAGGAUGGACACUGCCUCCUGGCAGGGGCUGCCCAAUGCAGUUAGCCUCCUGCUGGUGUUCUCUCUUGUUGCUUGGUGAAGGUGGCCACGGUCAGCUUCUCCACUGCCCAGUGAACGACCCCUUUGUAAUGAAUGAGUGGGGAGGUAGUGUGAAGCGAUGCCAAUAUCCCAUCCCUGUCAAACUGCCUUUACUUUUUCCUUCCUUCCUUGCUCCCACCUGUGUGGAUCCUGGUCCCUUCUUGUAUUCAGGGCUGUGGUCUGUUAUGACGUUUACUCUCAGGCUCAGGUCCUGCUUGUUUGGCCCGUGGGAGCCCCUUCUUCUGCCUUUUGUGUUUUUUUUGUUAUGUACCUACAGUUCUUUAGCUGUUUCUUUACUUUCUGGUGCAAAAAGAUGUUCAAGCCUUAUUUUAUACCUGCCUGCCCCUUUCUCUUUCAUUUAUUGGAGUGAGCUGCAGCUCUAAGGAGACCUGUUCCUUUGAAUGGAGAGUAGCAUCAGGAACCAGGAUGUGGGUGCGAGGCGUGCUCCUGGCUGUUGCAGAUUGCUGCGCCCGGGAGCUCUUAGUGGACAGAGCUAGAGGAUAUGUGCACGUACUUCCAUCUCUCUCUCUGUCUCAUCUAUUCACAGCUGGGAAUGACACUAAUACCUCCGAUUUUAGCCCAGCACCACAGGGUACGUUCCAGUUUUUCUCUCUUUCCAUAGCUGUAAGGCCCUUUCUGGGAAUGGUUCUCAUUCUCCUCAAUCUAUUAUUGGGUCAGUUUUCCUGCAUGUCCCCAGCCUCCCAUCACUGCCACCCACUCCCCACAGAGAUGCCCUGCUCAUCUGACUGGGGCUUUGACUCCCACACUGUGUGCCCCUCUUGUGUGGACGCCCUGCUGCCAAAACCUUCAGCAAACAGCUUUCCAAAUGGAAGUUGUCACUGUCAGGGCCUUUACAAUCAGCAACAGCAAAAUCUACAUGCUGCUGAGGGUCCUGGCUCAUUAAGAUGCAAUAAAUAUGUAAGUACAUAAAAACA